CACUCCUCUAAUUGGCUCAUUGAACGACUGCGUUGGGAGAAGCAGUGCUCCGAUUUGUUUCAAACUCUGUCGAUCAAAAGUUGGAGCACAGUGAUUCAAGCUGUAACGGUGCGUUGCCCGGUUAACGGUACAGAAGUUGGUAUUUAUGUCUGGGAUGCCCUUUAACGCUUCAUCUGAUGCGUGCUUGAGCGAUGUCUUGAUUGAGCUGACAGAGCCUCUGCGCGUGCUGUCGGCUCCGGUAACGGGCACCGCGGCGUCGGGUGUUUGUCUCGCGCUGGUCGUGGCUGCACUCGUUUACAUGUGUUACCGGAAAAGGUUGAAGGGAGUACAGAGACGUCAGGAGGUGUGUGAGCAGGACAGCCAGAGCCGGAGAUCACAACCAGCUAAAAGAGUUGACCCUCAGCUGACAGUAAACACUGAUGUCGCUGCAUUUGCUCUGAAGGCGCGGGUCGUCUACCCCAUUAACCAGCGAUACAGACCAUUAGCAGAUGGGGCGUCUAACCCCUCCCUGCAUGAGAAGUGCCCAGGACCGCCCAACAGGGACUCUGCAUCGUCAUCGGGUGAUGAUUGGCUGAGCCAGGAGAGGGACAAUGAUGAAAGCAUUCAGUUUUUGAUGUGCAGCUCCGCCUCUAAAGCACACACCAGCCACCUGUACAAGAGAGUCCAGUAUUACCCACAAACACUUGGUCAAUCACGGACCAGUUUGCUGUGUUUGACUUUACAGGAACUGCAGCUUUACACUACACAACUACAGCAGGAGAAAUACAGGAUUUUCCUGUGGAUUUUAGGAGUUUUGCUGGGUGACAGAGAGCAUGCUGACAUCAUCAAUGCUCAACAGCAGCAGGAAGUAGAGAUGCUGAAGAAAGAGAUGCCCGAGGAUAUGCAAGUGGAGUCUGAUACACACAUGUCCUCUGUAGAGGAAGUGGAGAAAACAGGAAGACACAAACUCUCUCACUCCCUGCAUAUGGCCCUGAGUUUUGCAAAGCAGUUGGAGCGUCUCUGUCAGAACCUUCACAGCAAGUUUAGCAGUGAUGAUGCACAGGAAGUGAUGCAUAUGUUAACGAAAUGCCUGCAUUUGGUGGAGACCGUUCUUACUGAGAUCCAGGCGUCUGUUCUGAAGACGCUGAUGGACAGGUUUGAGUGGUGGGACGAAGUGUCCGACUGGCUGAGAGAGAAGACUGCACUCCUAAAACGGGAGGCGGAGCUUGUGGUUAAGCUCACGGGCCAAUCAGUGGAGCCGCUGAGAUCUGAUGAACAGUUGGAGAAACCGAUGAAUGAAUUUAAGAUGUCUGUUACCGAGGAACUCCAGCAGUGGAUUGAUGAGAUCAGGCGUCUGACUGAUGAACUCUCACGUAAACACUGUGAGAAGGUGUGUAUGAGGAAGAAGAUGAUGAUGAAGGCUCAGAGCUCGGAAUGGCCGCAGUCAGACACACGCGCAGAUGUUCAUCAGAUACUGCAGGUGUUGAUGGAUCUGCAGGUGACCCGCUGGAAUCAAUGGAGAGACUUUGAGCUUCAGCAGGAUGCAAGAAUUACUGACGCUUUGUGUGAACGCUGGAGAAGUUUGUGUGGUAAAUGUACCGGACGCUUGACUGAUCUGAGCACAGAGUUUGUUGAAAGCAACAUUCCUGCUGGCUGCGCCCCAUCAACAGACUUCUGCCAAUCAGUGCUGAAGAGCAUAAAUCUCUCAGUGACCAAUCAGAUGCAUCGAGAGGAGAGACACACCCACACACACCUGCAGAAGCUACGAGAGCAGCUGCAGCGAUGCAGACAGGUGUGGACUGAGGAAGAAGCUUUGGCUUUGUGCUGCCUGAAUCACUUUGGAGAAGAGCAGCGUAAGAUUGUGAUGACGAUGGUGUCCAGGAAUUCACACGUGAAUGAGAGUUGUGCUCGGAUCGAGGACCAGCACCAUCUUUUGAUUCUGGAGUUUCAGAGGAUUUUGGCAGCGAGAUAUUUUUACCUGCGAACAGUGAGAGAGAUGCAGCUGACCCAACUCAAGAUAGACACUGAUGCACAGAAUUCUGACACAUCUCCUGGCGAGGCAGCUGCGAUUGGUCAGAACCUUCGUCACGAGCAGCUGUCAGAGCUAGAGACUGCGGCUGAGAUGCUGCAAGACCACGCCCACUUUCUGUUUGGCCACGCCCUCGCCCAGACUGUGAGGCUGAAGAUGAGCCGUGUGUCCGCGGGAGAUGCGGUGUGGACGGACAGAUGUGUGAAGGAAGGGCUUAUUGACGCACUCUGUGAAAGUGUCUAUGUGACGCGGGAUUCUGUUCUCUCUCUCAUCCGUGAAUAUUACACUCGGAUCCAGCACAUCGCCAUGACAACGCUGCAGCAGCUACGACCCUCACCCAGUACAACCAACAGGAGGACCUGUACUAAAGCUUUACAGACAGAACUCAAAAGAUGGGCUGGAAAACCCAACUCUACUGAAUUACUUCACAGGAUUGCUGAGCUAAAGAAAAAGUGUCUGAUUGAGUUUGAAAAGGAGCAGCAUCACAGUCCGGUGCAAACACACACCUACAGACGAGAACUCAUGGAUGAAGAGGAGGCCUUUAUACGUCGACUGGCAGCUCUGGCACGUGUGUCUCUUGACAACAUAAGUAAAGAUUAUAUGACAGGACCUGAAGUGGAACAAUCACAUUCACUUCAUCAUUAAAAAAGAGAUCGAGCAGAUGCUUUACUUGCUCCAGCAGAUUGAAGAUGUUCAGCCUGCGACAGGGACUGCUGAUGAAGUUUUUAUUUGCACUUUAAUAAUGGCUACUAAAUCCAGCUUGUGAGGACUGCUGAGAUGAUUAUUGGCACUCUUCUGUUUACCUUCCAAGAUGAACAAAAAUCACUCUGGACCCCACACAUCCAGAGCACUUUCUCUAUAGAGAACAGUUCAUUCAUCUACUGUCCACAUGUUUCCCAUCAUGCAGUAGUAGACAGUGUUAGACAAUAUACUAUGUACAUUCUUUAUUUAACACACUGUACUUCUUGCACAUCAUUUCUUUAUGUAGUACAUUUGUAUAUGUGUUUGUAAAUACAAACUCUAUUUUCAAUUUGUGUAAAUCUGUGCAUUUUAUAGAAAAUUUUAUUUACAUUUUUUUUAUAAUCUGCCUACACUGCAAAAAAUGAUUUUCAAGAAAAAAAUGUCUUAGUAUUUUAGUAAAAAUCCUUUAAUCGACACAGCAAAAUCACUAGUGUUAAAUGGUGUAUAUAUGGGGACCACCAGGUCUGGUGUUACUCAUAUAAUGCAAAAAAUGAUUUUCAAAAAAAAUUAUUAGUAUUUUUGUCUUGUUUUCAGUAAAAAUAUCUAAAAAUUCUUAAAUUAAGAUGCUUUUUCUUGAUGAAAAAAACGACCCAAGAAAAUAAGUCUAGUUUUGAAUUUUUCUUGAAUUAAGUGUUUAAGAAAAAGUUCAAGAUUUUUUUGCUUACCCUAUUGGCAGAUUUUUUUGU